AGCUAUACCCAAGACUCUGCCAGCUCCUUGUCAACGAUAGAGACUCCGGCUCAGCCACCCUCAUACUUGAGCCUGAUUCCACCGAUCCCCCCGCCUGUCACCGCGUACUCGCCCGAAGGCGGACACUUCUACCCUGCUGCUUCCACUGUAUUUUCCGGACUCGACGUCAGGCCUCGACUGGGCUCCAAUAGCACUCCUGGCCCGGGAAUGGCACAUGCAUCCCGCUCCACCGCAUUACCACAUCCAGGGACCCAGCUCAGCACGCGAGAUAUCUACUCUUCGGCUACGCCCGCCUACAGAAGGCAGCCGGACCAGCACAUCCCGCGCUCCCCUUCCUUCCCAGGCAUACGACGCCAUCCACUGUCACCAACACCUAGUCCUGUAGCCUACGGUUCCCUCAAGAUGGACGCGAGUUACGGGGCCAAGAGCCAGCAGAACGUCCCACCCCUCGGUAGCACGACCGUCCUCGGCCAGCUGUCCUUUCCCGAUUCUCCGGCAACUCCUGUAAAGCUAGACAUCAAUGGUAUCAUCGACAAGGGUUUCUUCCUAGCCGAGAAUGAGUGGACGUGUUACAGGCGCAACUACUUUUCAUGCACUUGCUCUUAUUCGAUCUCGCCCUCGUCCAAUGGGCCUAUGCCCAUGCAAUUCACACAGCCGGGGACGCAGCAGGUCUGCCAGGUAUACGGCUUUGCCAUGUGUAUCUCAGCCGUCGUGGCCGAGAACGACACACAUUCCAUCGACUUGGUCCAGCACACGCCAAAACGAGACAAAGGACCAGUCGCGAAGCCAGAGAAGGUGCGGCUAGCACCAAAACCCGCGCAGGCGAGCCACCACCCCCUCGGUAUGUACGGAGGCCCAAACGAAGGGAUCACAUCGCCAAGAGGCUACGAGGGCUACGGGCAGCCCUCGAGCCCUCUACCGACCGAGCACACGUUUGAGCGCAUCCAAUUCAAGCAGGCGACAGCGAACAACGGGAAGCGCAGAGCCGCGCAACAGUACUACCAUCUCAUUGUCGAGCUUUGGGGCGACCUAGGGGGUCAAGGGGGCUCAGACCCGUUUGUCAAAAUUGCCUACAGAAAGUCGGCUAAGAUGAUUGUACGCGGCCGGUCUCCAGGUCAUUAUCAGUCAGAGAGGAGAGGAAGCACAAGCAGUGGACCAGGAGGCUCUGGCGGUGGUAGCAUUGGCGGCGGCGGCUACUCUUCGGGCCUAAUGGGACCAGGGGAAUAUUCCUCGAGUUCGUCGAUGAUGCAGAGCAGCUAUGCAUCUGGGUACGACCCCAGGCACGGCUACGGGAACACACGACACCACCAAGAACUCACCAUGGAGCCAAUGAUCUCGCCCGAAGAAGCCAAAGCGAUCACAGAGACGAAGGGAUACCAAUACUUCCCCUCUGCCCUGUUCGAGGGGGAGCAAGAUCCGAGGCAUCACCAGGUUGAAAUGUUUGCGCACGGCCGCAGCGAGCACGAAAGCAACACGAACUCGGCCAUGGCUGGGGUUUACGACCCGAUAAAAGUUAAGCCCGAAAUGGAGGGCACCCUGCCAAGCCUGUUCUACCCUAAUUCGUUCUACUCCUCGCAGCGCUGCGGGAGGUUCGAGGGCAAGCCGGGCUCUAGCGGAUACUACCCGACAACCGCUCAGCCCUCUUCGACCAUGAACAUGACCUAG